CAUGUAGCUUCUUUUGGUUAGAGCUAUUCGAUCCUGUAGUUCCUCCAGGUUUGAAACUGAAGAGGAGAAAGGAGCUGGUACAGUAAAGUAGAACACUAGCUUGUGGUACUUGAUUUGUUUUUAUGGAAAGUAAAACGGAAAUAGAAUUCCUUGAGCGAAAUGUAGGACUGUAAGCCUGACUCUCAUUUCCUUAUGAGGUCCAAGUACCCUGAACAUAAUGUGUUGGAAUCCCAUAGAAAAUGAGGAAGAACAAAAACGGCUAUUAUUCCGUCUACAAGAAAGCCAAAAUGAACCACCCACAUAAUGACAAGCCAAGCUAUACGAAGGUAUGGCUGGGGCCACUCACAUGGGUAAGUGAUAGAGUGUCACUAUUUUUGUCUGACUAUGUUUGUCUUGGAGCUUUAUCUGCCCAAAAAUGCCCAAAUGAUUAUUAACCCAACUAAAACCAACUGCUACAAAAGAAGCUGGUUGGUUGGUCUUGGGGAGAGAGAAAGGGUGAAGAGAGUUCACGAGCAGCAAUUGCAAUCUAAAAAUACUAAACUAUGACGAGCUCUUUCAGCAUCCCUCGAGACUUGUUUAACCAUUUCUUUAUCUUUGUACCAAUUUACAGCUCAGAAAUCCACAAGGGGAGCGGAUUUGUGAGCGGUGGGUGGGUUUUCAUCUGCAUAUUGCACUGCAUGCGUCUGAAAGAAAGAGAAAAAAUUGCACUAACAAAGUAACAAUUGUGGAGGGUGGCAGAGAGAUAGGGUUCAGUGGUACUAAUAAUGGCUUCAUCUCCACUUGGGUCUCUGCCUCCGGUGAAUUCCCCUACCUUGAUCUCGCCGCCCCCUUUGGAGGCGGUGGUGGGUAGUUCCAGUCAGCCACCAUUGUCACAGCUACCACCACCUUCCGUUUCUGCACCAGCACCACCAAUUCCAGCUCCUUCCUCCGCGGCUGUGUCACCGCCGGCAACUACACCUGUCGCCCCACCGGCAUUGCCUCUCCCAACUCCGGAAUCUUCUCCGCCAGCACCUCCUACUGCGCCGCCGGUUAGCUCUGAAGCACCACCAUUGCUAGCAUCCCAACCAUCAACGGCGCCGCUACCACAAUCAUUGCCAGCAUCCCAACCAUCACCGCCACCGCCGACACUGCCAGCAUCCCAACCAUCAUCGUCGUCACCACCACCGACGAAUCUUGCUACAACUCCCAGUCCACCAGUGAUCAUUAUAACUCCAGUGACUUCCCCAUUGCCUCCACAGCCUCUACUUCUCUCGCCUCCUCCACCUGUCAUUCCUUCCCUUCCCCUGUCAUCAUCUCCACCUCCUCCUCCAUCUCUGCUGCUGCCGCCAUCGUCACCGGUCUCUCUCCCCCCACUUCAGACUCUUCCAAAACCUUUUUUCCCAUCACCUUCAGUGACAGCGUCUCUGCCGCCUUUACCGAGCCCAGGCGACCAACAUGCAUUCACAGCAGUAGCUCCUCUUCCUUCUGUACCAUGGCCAUCCAGAGGAUCUCCACCGGUUGCUCUGCCAUUAGUGACUAGCGCGAAUCUCACAGCGGCGGGCGCGAGACAGCAACAAGUACUACCAGCAGGGCUCAUCGUUGGGUGUCUGGUGGGUGGAGUUGCCCUCUUUCUGGUUCUUGCCCUUUUGGGUGCUAUCCUAUACAGACGGAGCAAGAAAAGAAACGAAGAACCGAAACUGUCAGGCAUCGGAGGAGCUGAUUUAUCUCCAGCGGCGCAACAUUCACAGCAAAGCACCCCAACUGACGGCAGCCACGUCAUCAAUGUCGGGACUCAAGCAACUCCGCCGCUCACCGGCCCCGCUGCUGCUGCCGUUUCAUGUUCUGCUAAUGUAUCUCUGGCGGAGAAGUACCCUACUAAUGGUUUGACUUAUGAAGACCUAGCAGUGGCUACUGAUGGUUUCUCAGAGGAAAAUCUCGUCGGAGAAGGCGGGUUUGGGUACGUUCAUAAAGGGAUUCUUUCCAACGGGAAAGAAGUCGCGGUGAAGCAGCUGAGAGAAGGAAGGAAGCAAGGGGAGAAGGAGUUUCAGGCAGAGGUUGAAAUCAUCAGCAGGAUACAUCACAAGCACCUUGUUUCCUUGCUUGGGUAUUGUAUUCAUGGGGCCAAGAGGUUGCUUGUCUAUGAGUUUGUUCCCAAUGACACCCUCGAAUUCCACCUUCAUGGAAAUGGGCGACCGGUAAUGGAGUGGGGGGUUAGAUUGAGAAUUGCUGUUGGGUCUGCGAAAGGACUUGCUUAUCUCCAUGACGAUUGUGAUCCCAAGAUCCUUCAUCGUGAUAUCAAGGCGUCCAAUAUUCUCGUUGAUCUCAACUUUGAGGCAAAGGUAUCUGACUUUGGAUUGGCCAGAAGUUACAAUGCUGAUGCUUCUGUAACUCACAUUUCCACUCAGGUGGUUGGAACUUUUGGCUACCUAGCUCCAGAAUAUGCAUCCAGUGGCAAAGUAACAGAAAAAUCAGAUGUGUACUCCUACGGUGUCGUGCUUCUGGAGCUUAUAACUGGACGUCCCCCUAUCUGCUUCUCUGAAUCCAUUUCCAGAACAAGCUUGGUUGAAUGGGCUAGACCUCUACUCACCAAAGCUGUGGAAACCAGAAACUUCCAAUCCCUAGUCGAUCCACGGCUAGGAACGAACUACGACAACUCCGAGAUGACUCGAAUGGUUUCUUGUGCCGCUGCGUGCGUUCGACAUUCAGCGUGGCUUCGUCCUCGGAUGAGCCAGGUAGUUCAUGCCCUGGAAGGAGAUGCACGUGCUGUGAUGAAUCUCGACAAGGGAAACAAGGUUGGACGCAGCGCGUCUUAUGGCUACAGUCCCUGGAAGGGCUCGAACUACUGUUCUGCGCAGUACAAGGAGGAUAUGAAGAGAUUCAACAUUGUGCUGACGAGUGAUCACAGUGGGAUGACAAGUGAUACCACCUCAGAGAGAAGACUGUAGGAGACUUGUUUCGGUUUCCUGAGGAGAAAAGGAUUUGAUCAUUUGCUUCCGACAAAGAGCAAGACUGUGAUCCAUCUUUUUUUUUUUUUGCUUGUUCGAGUUGGAAAUAUAUCGUGUUUGAUGAUAAUUUGGAUAUGAUCCACUCGAUUCAAUCGUUCGUCGCAUGACUCUCAGGGUGUUUUCCUAACUGGUGAGCAAUGUGUAGUUAGGCACGAGUGACUGAGCGAGUCUUUUACUCUGCCUUGUCCUGUCUCUAUUCGUUCUAAUUCAAUUCUCUUCUGUAUUUUUUCUUUCAUCUUGUAUUUUGUUUUCCUUUCAUCCUUCAGUUUUUAUUAUUCAUGUAAACUUCGAAUCGUUGUAUUGUAUUCAUGUUAAAAUGGGACUUGCGAUUAACACAUCACAACUAUUGGUAUUGAAGUGCUUGCUAGUGCUUUUUAUCAUUUUCAGAACCCAUUCUUUCAUGCAAAAAGACUAGAAGAAUGUAACUAUUAACUCGACUUGGUGGAGUCCAAGUCCGCGGUGAUGUGGGCAAACCGAGUCUAGUUGGCGAUGACAUGUCGUCCAGGUGGAAGCCACGUCACUUGGUGAUGAUGGCGUUCGUGAUGACAUUAACGGUUGUAAAGGAAAUGACUAUAGUUGACAAUAAAAUCGGCUAUAUUUGUCACAACGCGAAUAGUUAUAGCUAUGGAAUUUUAUUUUGCCUAAUUUUGAAAUACAAAAUGUACCAAUUUUAUCAUUGUGUCACACGGCUUAUUGAUACAACAUAUUGGUACGGUAUUAUAAACGUCAAUUUUUAUUAUCUUGCGCGUAGAAUAAUUUUACAACCUACUUUAUGAGCCAGACGUCUAUGAACCGAUUUCGAUUGUUAUGUAGAUUUUUUCAAGUAUUGAUUUCUAAUAAGAUUCGCUCAAGAAAUCAUUGCUUGGAACUUUUGAUGUGUAUUCACACGUCCUUUUGAAUCCGGGAUAUAUCCAGUAUUUCCACUUUUAUAUAUACAAAUGUGAUUAGAUUAUAGACAUACAUGUAUUUAUCUUUUUCAAUUAAUAAUAACAAAUAUCAUUCUUUUAGUCGUCACUAUAAUAGUUUAGCUAGGUAAUUUCGUCAAUAUAUUACCAUUUUCGAC